UUUCUGGGUCAAGCAGAAUUGCUUGCCAAUGCGACCAGGAGUUUCUGAUAUAUUAUUCAAUGUGUCGGUCGACAUUGAUAAUACAAGAACUGGCAGGAACCGAUUAUGGACAGAUUUCCUGUGACUUUGAGCAAUUUGUGGUUGAUCUUGUGAUUCAUUAGGAGAGAACUUGGUCAAUCAAGUGGGCAUCUAAGCUGAUCUGGACCAACUUCGUAGUUGAGCUCUCUCACAAAAUAGUAAGAGAAUCCUUCUCUGCGGUUAUACAAUCAUGUACUCAUGAGCCCCACAGAACCAAAAUUCUAUUCCCUCUAUCAAAUUUUUCUCAACAUAGCCACAUGGGUUUGCUACCAUGUGUUUUCACGUUGGAAAGAUGCAUUGAAUGCCAAGUUGUUUGGCUCUCCCAGAAUAAAACGCGAUAAAGGCCAGGGCUUUCUCCAAAACCAGAAACAGCACUCCGAUCCACAGCAAAAAAGCAAGUUCGCUCAUCUGUUGAGAAUUACUGUGAGAUGAACAAAAUGAUAAGCACCAAGAAGCUGAUUCAAAUGGCAAGGAAGUGGCAGAAGAUGGCCACCAUUGGAAGAAGAAGAAUCACGUUUCCGAGGACGAACAGCAAGUCUAGUUCAGCAAAUGCAAAGGGAUCAUCGGCUGCUCAGAAGGGUCGUUUCGUCGUCUAUACAACGGAUGAGAGACGCUUUGCGAUCCCCCUCUCAUAUCUCAGCAACAACAUCGUAAGGGAGCUCUUCAGGGUAUCGGAAGAAGAGUUCGGUAUUCCGAGGGAUGGUCCGAUCACGCUUCCCAUUGAUGCUCUCUCUAUGGAGUAUGUAAUUUCGUUAAUUAGCAGAGGCUUGGUUAAGGACCAAGAGAACGCUCUGCUUAUGUCCUUGACCAGAGGAAGCUGCUCAUCAUCCUCAGCUUUCGAUCAAGCAUUAGAGAGCCCACAAAUUCUUGUUUGUAGCUGACUGAUGUAACAAUACCAGUAUCUUGUAGAUAUGAAAUUAGUUUUGCCACAGUAUAUGCAUUGUUCUAACUCGUUUACCUUCGGCUUA